UUUGUGGUUAUAUUAUAUCUAUUUAGCUUGAACAAAAUUAACAGUAAAUUGAUUUGGGCUCAAUUUGAAAUUAAUAUAAUAGGAAACCACAAAUGUAGAAAAAUAAAUUUCAGUUAUCAGAAUAAAACAAUUUUCGAAAUUUAGCCUCAACUGAAUAGUAAAUAUGUGUGUUUAUUAUAUAAUUUUCAACCUAAAAAUUUUUUAGAAAUACAUUUGCAACAUUUUUUCUCUCGAAUAGGAAAUACAAGUGAGGAUAGAGCAUUUUCUUUUACUUUUAUACUUCUUUAGCUUUUUUAUCGGCUCUGUGUUCAAGAAUUAAAAAUAUUUUUUCAAUAAGUUUCCAUAUGCCUACACAUUGUAAUUAGGAAUCUUCUACUAAUAAUUAACCAUUAAUUUGUAACUGACCAACAUCUUGAAACCAGCAGAGAUACAUUUAAUUCCCCCUCAAGGAGUCAUUGGAUCUUGACGUUCCAGCAGUGGUCCUCCUUGUGCGCGCUUACUUGGGCAUGUGUAGGGCGAUCAGUGCAAAAAACGAUUAAUUUUCAUAGGCUUACUUCAAUACGGAAGUAACCUGGCAAAAUUCCAAGGGCAGGAACCAUGACAAAUCCUCGUCUUCCCCCAGAGUGAUCUGAGCAAGCAGGCACCAGGGAAUCUAUUAGGCCCGGCCCCGGAUACUAAGUUUGCUUCAUCUCCAACCCUCCAUCAAUCAAGAUCUUUCAGUACAACAGUGGUACAGGUAAAGCCUGUUAAAAGGCCAAGUACCUCUGGUUCUACGCCCAUGGAGCUCCAAAAGCCGUAAAACUGCACCCGCUGUAGUGAUCAGUACCAACUACAUGAAAGUGGAGGAACGAUCGAAUUUGCAGCUGGGGUAAUUCGAAUGGGAAUAUACGAUACGGACUUUACAAAAAAACUUCUGGAAUUCAUAAACAUAUAUGGUCCAUCGUAUGGUCUCCAUCCGUAGUCUUUUCCUCUUCGGCUGGUUAAGAAUCAUAGCCGUCAAAAGAUUCAAGUCAAAGUGUCUGAUUUUCAAAGGACGUAUAUUACUUUGUCUAUGGUGGUAAAGUUAUUUUAGAAAUUGAUUUCACGUCUAACCAAAAAGUAACAGACCAAUGCGAGUAAAAAAGAAGAAGAACAAAUUGGCGCCAUACAUAUUUAUGUUUUAUUUUUUUGAUGAAGUAGUUAUAAUGUGUUUAUAAAGAAAAAAUAAUACAUUUUAUUAAAACAUGAAACGAUCUUUAACUAAAAAUGCAUCUAAAUCGCAUAGUAUCAUUAUAUCAAAAAACUUAAAUGAUAGGAAUUCGAAAUUAUCAAAUAACAGUGAAAAAAUACAUCAUAUAAUUUCUGUGAAUGGUAUUGAAGACGAUGAUAUAUCUAGUACAGUUGUUAACACGAAAAGAAAAAAUGUAGAUGAAGGGAAGGAUUAUAAACGAAAAAAGAUUGAAACUGCAGCUAAUACACUGCUCUUUACAAAGUACUCUCCUGAUGAAGAAAAUUCUAAAGCUCACUCAAAUAUAAAAUUUACUUCAGCUGCUCAAAUAGAUAUAAGCUCAAGUUCAAAUCAAUGUGAUAAAGAAAACCAACCACAUAUUUCAAAUAUGGACAGCGCAAAUUUAGAGUCUAUAUUAAAUAUAGAUUUUGAUAAUUGGGAAGAUGAAACAAUGCAUGAAUCAAAUUUAGACUUAACCCAGCCUCAUCGAUGUAAAAUAAUUAAUAUUACUCGAACUGCAACAAAAAUUGAACUUACUUUAAAAUCAGUGCUGUCAAACGAGAAAGUGUUUUGUAUAUUAGGAGGUUCUUGGGUGUAUACUUGUUUGGAAAUAGGAAGUGCAGUUUGUAUUGUAUGCAAAAACAUCCAAGGUAAUUGGGUCAUAAACAAUGAACAUGGUUUAUUGAUUUUUGAGCCAGACUACUUACUACCUACUACUACAUUAGUUAGUUCCUUGUGGUGCAAGAGAAGAAGUGCUUUAAAUAUACGAUUUAAAAGUUCGGGUAGUUCAAAUGAACAUAUGCUUGUUGGUAGCUUGGUUCAUAGUAUCUUUCAAUGUGCCUUGGAAAAUAAUAUUUUAGAUACUGAAGUUAUUGAAAAAAUGAUGGACAAAUAUGUGUCUAAAGAUAAUGUGAUUAAAAGUUUAUUUGAAUGUAAUAUUUCACUUUCUUGGGUAAAGAAUGAAGUUAAGAGUUAUAUCCCAAAAAUUCAAGAAUUCAUAAAAAGCUAUGUUAAUAAUUCAGGUGUAAAUUCAGAACUGUUACAAAAAAAGGAUAACUGGAAAGGCAGUAUAGAUGAUAUUGAAGAUGUUGAAGAAAAUAUUUGGUGUCCAGAGUUUGGUAUAAAAGGUAAAAUUGACGUUACUAUCAGGACUAAUAAACGACUUAUGCCCUUGGAAAUAAAAACUGGUAAAGCAUCAAUAUCCAUAGAGCAUAGAGGUCAAGUCAUUUUGUACUUAAUGAUGAUGAAAAAAAUUGGUUAUGAUGUAUCAUCAGGCUUACUACUUUAUCUUAAAGAGGGGGUUUUAAAAGAAAUUUCCUCUUCAGAAAGAGAAGAAAGAGAUUUAAUCCAUUUAAGAAACGAAUUGGUAUAUUACCUUAUGCAGAAACCUGAUAUAAUCGAUGAAAAAAAUAUUCUACUCAAAUUACCUGAACCAAUUAAUCAUACCAGUUGUAAAACAUGCCCUCUCAAAACUAUUUGUGUAGUUUAUGCUCAUUUCAAUAAUGAAGAUAUAUCUUCUAAUGCGGUUUUAAGACAAAUUCAACAAGAAACAUUGGAAUAUUUAAGUGAAACUCAUAUACAUUAUUUCAUCAAAUGGGCAACUUUGAACAUAAUUGAAUCGAUGUCUAAUUCAUCUACAAGAGACAUGAAAGAAAUAUACUUAACAGCUCCAGAAGAAAGAGAGAAAAAUGGCAAGUGUAUAAGUAAUCUCAAACUUGUUCAAACAACAAAUAACUCCGAUGAUGCCAUCACUGAACAUGUAUUCAAAAAAAGUAACAAUGAUUUACCAGUAAACUUAAUCACUAUUGGAAUGUUUGAAGGUCAAUAUAUAAUAGUUAGCUCGAGUAAGAGACAUGCCAUUGCGACUGGCUUUAUUAGAAAUAUAACUAAUAAUUCAGUAACAAUCUCACUGGAGCGAAAUAUUAGUGAUCGAUAUCAAAACGAAAUCUUUUGCAUAGACAAUUGGACAUCGGAUUUAGGCCAAGGAUAUAAUUUAAAUAACUUGGCUUUAUUACUAGAAUCUACUCCUAAAUCAGAAAAUUUAAGAAAAAUUAUAAUAGAUAAAAUUUCCCCUACAUUUAAAUCUAAGUUACCCAAAGAAAUCGGCAUAAAGGGCAAAUACAUUUUAAGGAGAUUAAACCACAUUCAACAAAGAGCUGUACUGAAAGCAAUAGCAGCUAAUGAAUAUUUUCUUAUUAAAGGUAUGCCUGGAACAGGAAAAACUACAACGAUUGUCGCCUUAAUCCAAUUAUUCUAUGAAUUGAAGAAAACAGUACUAAUUACAAGUCACACAAACUCGGCAGUUGAUAAUGUGUGCUUGAAACUAUUGAAAUUUGGAGUUAAAUUUAUGAGAUUAGGCUCUGAUGCAAAAAUUCACCAAGAUUUACAUGAGUAUUUGGAACGUAAUCUCACAAAGCAUUGUACUUCACCUGAAGAAUAUGAGAAAGUAUUUGAGAAUGUUCAGAUUAUAGCUACGACAUGUAUGAGUUCUGGUCAUCCAGUUUUAAUGAAACGUACUUUGGACGUAUGCAUAGUCGACGAAAGUACACAAGUCUCACAAAGCUCUAUUAUAAGACCACUUUAUGCUUGUAAAACUUUUAUAUUAAUUGGUGAUCCUGAUCAAUUACCUGCCGUCAUAAGAAAUCAAAAAGCUAGAAAUUUAGGUAUGUCCGAAAGUCUGUUCGAACGAUUAUAUAGUGAGACUGCUAGUGCAGCUUUAAAUAUAAAUUAUAGAAUGAACAGUAGGAUCACUUAUUUUGCGAAUCGCUUAACUUACAAGGACGAGUUGAAAAUAGGUAGCGAAGAAGUUGCAAGAUCUACCAUAAAGUUACCAAACAAAAAAAAAUUACAAGAUAUUUAUCAUAUUAAUGGUUGGGUAAUGAAAUCUUUGGAUGAUUCUUUGGACAAUGCUGUUCAAUUCGUCGAUAUUGGCCAAGUAUGGAAUUUAUCAAAAGACGUGGACUGGAAGGUACAUAAAAAAUAUGGAAAGGAUAAUUCUUCAAAUGUUAACAUUCACGAGGCUGCCGUUAUAUAUAUUUUGGUUAAAGCUUUAUUAGAAGGUGGUGUUAAUUCUAAUGAUAUAGGAGUAAUUGCCAGUUAUAGACAUCAGGUAGAACAAAUCGCUAGCAUUAUAAAAAAUGUAGAUAUAAAUACGGUUGAUCAGUUUCAAGGUAAAGAUAAAAGCGUCAUCAUUUAUUCCAGCGGCGUUUCCAGAGAUACAUCGGUUUGUAAGACUCCCGAAUCUGAAGACAUUUUAGAAGAUAAAAGAAGAUUAAAUGUAGCUAUUACUAGGGCUAAACAUAAACUUAUUAUAGUUGGUGAUAUGAAUACUAUCAAGACUUAUUCUUCAUUUAAAGAAAUUGUUCGGUUAUGUGAAAAUGUCUCAAUUAAAAUUUAUGAAUAUAAGAAUUUUUCAUGGGAUAAUGUAUUGCAGGAAGUCCAGUUGAUAGUCUAAUUUUUAUUGUUUUAAAAUUAUUAUUUUGCGAUUAUAAAUAUUUUAUAAAAAUUAAUGGUUUUAUAUAUUAUUAACCAAGUCAAUAUGAAAGUUGUCUACUGUAAGUGUCGAAUCUGCUUACAAUGAUAAUUUAUACAAUAUGUGGCUAUUAAAUAACGAGAUUGGUGAUAUAAAA